AUGGAUUACGGCGGCCGCAAGUACCUGGUCCCCUGCGGAAAAGACAAAUACAUCUCCAAAAAUGAGCUGCUCUUACACUUGAAGACGUACAACAUCUACUACGAAGGGCAAAAUUUGCAGCUGCGGCAUCGGGAGGAGGAAGGUGAGCUCAUCGUGGAGGGGCUGCUGAACAUCUCCUGGGGCUUGCGGCGACCCAUCCGCCUGCAGAUGCAGGACGACAACCAGCGCAUCCGCCCUCCGCCCUCCUCCUCCUCCUGGCACUCCGGCUGCAACCUGGGAGCCCACGGGUCCAUGCUGAAGCCCAGCACCUUGCCGGACAUCCAGGUUACGGAUGCGGAGGCCACGCCAAACGCGGAGCCCCGUCCUCCCGCCGGGUCUUUUCCAGCUGCCAAAUCGCAGCCAGAGGAGACGCCGCAGCUGAUGCGGACGCGGAGCGACGUGGGCGUACGGCGCCGGGGCAGCGCCCGCACCCCCAGCGAGCAGCGGCGCAUCCGCCGUCACCGCUUCUCCAUCAACGGGCACUUCUACAACCAUAAGACGUCCGUGUUCACGCCGGCGUACGGCUCCGUCACCAACGUCCGGAUAAACAGCACGAUGACGACCCCCCAGGUCCUCAAACUGCUGCUCAAUAAAUUCAAGAUUGAAAACUCGGCGGAGGAGUUUGCGCUGUACAUCGUCCACACCAGCGGAGAGAAGCAGAAGCUGCGAGCCAGCGAUUACCCCCUGAUCGCCCGCAUCCUGCAGGGCCCCUGCGAGCAGGUCUCCAAGGUCUUCCUCAUGGAGAAGGACCAGGUGGAAGAAGUCACCUACGACGUUGCUCAGUACAUCAAAUUCGAGAUGCCCGUCCUCAGGAGCUUCAUCCAGAAGCUGGAGGAAGAGGAGGAUCGUGAAGUGAAGAAGCUAAUGCGCAAAUACUCCAUCCUCCGGCUGAUGAUCGAGCAAAGGCUGGAGGAGAUUUCCGAGGGUCCGACGGCGAUGUGA